GGGAGGGGGGGAGGGCGUGGGGGUCGCGGCGAUAAGAUAGCGGUGCGGGCACCGUUAGCGCGGUGCGGCACAGCACUGUGUCGCGUGGAACCAUGACGAGCGGGCACGACACGGCCAGUGCAGCAGGCACCCCACAGGACCUGUCCCCGGGCCUCAUGCAGCUGCUGGACCGCACCAAGUACCCGCUGGUGCAGGAGAAUGGCCAGCGCCGCUACGGCCCCCCGCCGGGCUGGGAAGGCUCGCCGCCCCCAGAGGGUUGCGAGGUGUUCGUGGGCAGGAUCCCGCGGGACAUGUUCGAGGACGAGCUGGUGCCCGUGAUGGAGCGCGCUGGCCGCCUGUACGACGUGCGCCUCAUGGUGGACCAGGUGGCGGGCAACCGCGGCUUUGGCUUCGUGCAAUACUGCACGCUGGCCGAUGCCAAGAAUGCACUGCGCACGCUGAAGGAGGUGGAGGUGCGCCCCGGGCGGUCCCUGAGCGUGAGCCGCAGCGUGGACAACAAGCGGCUGUUCGUGGGCGGCAUCCCCAAGACACGCACCAGCCAGGAGGUGCUGGAGGAGAUGAAGCGCGUGACGGAAGGCGUGGUGAGGGUCAUCCUGUACUCCUGCGUCCAGGACAAGACCAAGAACCGCGGCUACACCUUCGUCGAGUACACCAACCACAAGGCGGCAGCCGUGGCGCGCCGCAAGCUGUUCUCGGGCCGCCUACAGCUGUGGGGCGCCGAGGUGAAGGUGGACUGGGCCGAGCCAGAGCACAGCGUGGACGAUGAAACCAUGGCCAAGGUGACCAUACUGUACGUGAGGAACCUGGCUCUGCGCACCACCGAGCAGGACAUACUGCGCAUGUGUGAAGCCUUCGCCAGUGACGUGACGCGUGUAAAGAAGCAGCAAGAUUACGCCUUCGUCCACUUCUCCUCCAGAAAGAAUGCAGAGUGUGUGAAAGACGCCCUCCAUGGCCGCGUGGUGGAUGGGUGUGAGCUGGAGGUAAGCUGGGCCAAACCGAUCAAAAAGGAGAAGAAGGACAAGAAAUUUAGAUCCAUGAUGUGUGAACUAAAUGGGUCCCAGUCCGCCUACCUGCCCCACCUCUCCCUGGCUGGGGAGCCCAUGGUGGUGGUGCCGCAUGUAGGGAAGCUCGGGGCAACACAGGGCAUGCAACACACAGCACACCACCCCAUCACAGCAUCCGCGCAGCACUUAGAGGCGGCGCUCUUCAACCUCCAUGCACCGUCCUUCCUGCCCACCGACGCACACCAGCUUAAGCCGCCCACUGAACUGGUGUUGCCUGGCUAUCCCAACAUGGCUGCCCCGGUGAUGACGGAGAAGAUGACGCAGAACACUGAGGACCAUCGAGGUGGCUUGCAGAACUCCUCGCCAGUGUCAAGAGUCCUACCGCCAAGCCAGGCCCUCCGCGGCACCCCCCUCGCCCCACAGUACUUCAUGGCCACCCCACAGUACUACCUCCCCACGCAGACCAUGCCCCACACUGCCGCCACCCCCCAGGCCAUACCCAUCUCCUCCCAGCCCUACCUCUACCCUGCCACUCCUGCCCUGACUGGCUAUGAGGGCAUCAACCCGUACCUUCAGGCUUUCUACCAGCAUGCCACUCUCUUCACCCAGCCGGCCGUCACCACGCUGGACCGCCAAGGACAGCAGCGCUACGCCACCACCGAGUAGGCAACCACGCAAAAAAGUGACCCCCAAUCUGACCUUUCCUAAUUUUAACUGACCUUUUUUUUUUAACUCGUUUUUUUGUUUUUAUGUUAGUUCAUGUUUUUCUUUCAAGCUUUUUUGUUUUUUUCUAGUUUGCAAAAAAAAAAAAAAAAAAAGUUGAUAAAUACUUGCUAUGAAUCUGCAAAAAAAGUAAAAUCAAUUAAAAAAAGAUGCAAACUUGAUAGAAUUUAACAAAAAACGUGAUAAACGUGCCAUAAACUUGCUGAAAACGUAAAUGACCUAAUAGAAAAAAAAAUACGGAAAACUGAUAAAACUUGAUAGAAAAAAGGGUAAUGGAAACUUGCCAAGAGUGUUUGUUAAAGGAAGAUUGCAAAACACACCACAAAAUUUUCAUAUAACCCUUUAGACAGCACUCUUUAAAUUCAAAACUGGCUCCUUUAAUUAAUCCAGCAGCCCCUUUAUUUAUUUACCAUUUUAACCCAGCAGCCCUUUUAUUUAUUUACCCCUUAAGCCAGUAACUCCUUUAUUUAUUUACCAUUAUUUUUGUUCCCUUUAUGCCAGUAGCCCCUUUAUUUAUUUACCAUUAUUUUUGUUUCCUCUAGGCCAGUAAUCCCUCUCACAUGGAAGAAAACAAUAAAUAAAUAGAGAAGGAGAAAAAAAAGAUAGAUGAUGUAGGAAUGUUGUCUUUUGCAAGGGACAUUAAACUUGCUGAGAGAGAGAGAGAGAGAGAGAGAGAGAGAGAGAGAGAGAGAGAGAGAGGCUUUAUAACAUUACAUAAUUUUAUAGAAAACCAUAUCAGAGUUAUAUCUUAUCCUUUUCACUACUUUUCCUUGUCAUAGAAGCUUUAUAAUAUAACUUAGGUGUAAUAUAGAAGUGAAGCUAAGGUGGUGGUGGUGGUGGUGGUGGUAGGAGGAAAGAAGAAGAAGGAGGAGGAGGAGGAGAGAAGGAGGGCAUUCAUAGCUAUUUAUUGAAGUAGUAACACAUGCUCAGAAGGAGGAGGAGGAGGAGGAGGAGGAGGAUGAAGAAGAGGAGAAGGACAUUCAUAGCUAUUUAUUGAAGUAAUAACACAUUUAUCUAUUGACAGGCUUAUAAAAUUACCGAUAUGCUUAUAAGAAGAGGAAGAGGAGAAGGAGGAGGAGGAGGAGGAAGAAGAGGAGGAGGAGGACAUUCAUAGUUAUUUAUUGAAGUAGUAACAUAUUUCUCUAUACAUUUAUCUAUUGACAGGCUUAAAAAAUUUACCGGUAUGCUUCGAACUGGGCUGUGUUUGUGUGUAUUUUUAUCAUCCUCUCAUCCUUCACAUUUCUUAUACAAAACACUCUUAUUUCUUGGUCACUCCUGUUACUUUACCUAUUUAUCAGUGCUGUGCCUUGGUAACUCUCUUUAACUGGCUCAGGUGGGAGUUAUAGAGGGUUUUAACACCUUUGGUACCAGGACACAUUUUUACCUUGAGAUUUGUGCACAAUUAGACCAUUUUAUUAACAUUAAGAAGGGUCAAUGGAGGUCAGAGGAUUAAUGGCCACAGUCUUCACUAUUCUAAUCUCCCACAUGAGUUUCUGAAACUGUAUAAAAUCAUCAAAUAGUAACCAGAAUGAAUAUGGAAAUGUGUUAUGGUACUGAAAGGGUUAAUUAAAGAGUGUUUGGAAGGUUACAGUGAUAGGUGAACAUAAGGGGAAGAUUCAACAAAGGAUUCUGAUGAGUAAAGGAGGGGGUUCUAAUAAAUAAAAGGAUUCUAAUGGGUAAACAAAGGAUUCUAAUGGGAGAAUAAAGGAUUUUGAGAGGUUAAUAUAGGAUUGCAAUAAAAACAAAGGAUUCUGAUAGAUAUAUAAAAGGAUUUCAUUAGGUAGACAAAGGAUUCUAAUGGAUAAACAAAGGAUUCUGGUGAAUAAACAAAGGAAUCUAGUGGAUAAACAAAAGAUCCUAAUAAAUAAAGGAUCGUAAUGGGUAAACAAAGGAUUCUGAUAGAUAAAUGAAGGAUUUUGAGGUAAACAAAGGAUCACAAUGAAUAAAUGAAUGGAUUCUAAUUAAACAAAGGAUUCUGAUUGCUAAAAAAAAUGCAAUGAUGAUAGAAAAAAGAAAGAAAGAUUGAAGAAAAGAGAUAGAUGUGUUUCAUGAGGUUAGUUUGUGUAUGAGAGAGGGAAUACAGGAAGAAGAAGAAGAAGAGGAGGAGGAGUUGGAGAGAGGAUGAGUGUAGAAGGCUAGUCAGGUUUAGUGGAAGAUGAAGAUAGAGAAAAGUAACUGAAUAUUUUAUUUUUUAUUUAUUUUUUAUUUGUAUUUUGACUAUCCCUGGUCUAAAGGCUGUAUAUGUGUGUAUGUAUGUAUGUAUGUAUGUAUGUAUGUUUGUGUGCGUGUGUAUCAUUGUGUAUGUAUGAUAAUUUGAUAAGGGUUCGAGAGAGAGAGAGAGAGAGAGAGAGAGAUAGGACUGAAAACCCUCCUCUAUAUAUUUUUAUCAUUUAUUAAGACACGAAUAGAAGAGGAGAGGUGAAAAGGGGCAAUUAUGUCAUUUAUAACUCUCUAAUCCCUUUUCAUGUCACUUAAUAUUCCCCAAUCCUUUAUAUAGGACUGAGAAUCUUCUUCUCUGUAUCUAAUCCUACAACAAGACAAGGCGAGUGGAAGAGGAGUGAAAAAAAGAUAAAUUAUGGCAUUUAUAACUCUAUCUCUGUAUUUCAUGGCAUUUAUUACCUUUUUUUUUGUAGGACUGGAAACUUUUUUGUGGAAGUGAGCAGUGAAAAUGGAGAAAAAUCAUUGCAUUUAUACAUUAUGGCUUUUAUAACUCUAUUUCUUUCUAUUUCAUGGCAUUUAUUACUUUUUAAUCUUUCGUGUAGGACUGGAAACCUUCUGUGUAUUUUUUUAAAUUUCUAUGACAAGGAAAGGAAGUUAGAGUUGAAAAGAGAAGAAUUCCGGUAUUUAUAUAUUUUCAAUCCUUUUAUUUAGGACUGGAAACCUUCUAUGUAUUUUUUUUUAUUUCUAUGGCAAGGAAAGGAAAUUAGAGGUGAAAAAAAAAGAAUCACAGCAUUUAUACAUCUCCAAUCCUUUCAUUUAGGACUGGAAACCUUCUAUGGCAUUUAUUACUCUUUAAUCCUUUGUGUAGGUUGAGAAAAUAAUAAAUGAGUAUUUUUUGUAGAA